AAAAGUAAGAAACUUCACACUGGAAAGCAACCACAUGAAUGCAAGCAAUGUGGGACAGCAUUCAGUAAACUCAGUGGCUGUCAAAGUAAUAAAAACAUUCACACUGGGGAGAAAUCCUUUGCAUGCAACAAAUGUGGGAAAGCAUUCAGUACAGCCUCUGCUUGUAAAGCACAUGAUAAAAUUCACACUGGUGAGAAACCCUUUGUAUGUAAACAAUGUGGGAAAUCUUUCAGUCAAAACAGUGACCAUAUUAAACAUGAAAUAAUUCACACUGGGGAGAAACCCUUUGUAUGUAAGCAAUGUGGGAAAUCUUUCAAUCAAAAGUGUAACCUUCUUAGACAUGAAAGAAUUCACACAGGGGAGAAAUCCUUUGCAUGCAACAAAUGUGGGAAAGUAUUCAGUACAGCCUCUGCUUGUAAAGCACAUGAUAAAAUUCACACUGGGGAGAAACCCUUUGUAUGUAAACAAUGUGGGAAAUCUUUCAGUCAAAAUAGUGACCUUAUUAAACAUGAAAGAAUUCACACUGGGGAGAAACCCUUUGUAUGUAAGCAAUGUGGGAAAUCUUUCAAUCAAAAGUCUAACCUUCUUAGACAUGAAAGAAUUCACACAGGGGAGAAACCAUUUGCCUGGAAACAAUGUGGGAAAUCUUUCUGUCAAAGCUGUCACCUUAUUAAACAUGAAAGAAUUCACACUGGGGAGAAACCCUUUGCAUGCAGUAAAUGUGGGAAAUCUUUCAAUCAAAAGCCUAGCCUUCUUAUACAUGAAAGAAUUCACACAGGGGAUAAACCCUAUGUAUGCAACAAAUGUGGGAAAGCAUUCAGUACAUCCUCUGCUUGUAAAGCACAUGAUAGAAUUCACACUGGGGAGAAACCCUUUGCAUGUAAACAAUGUGGGAAAUCUUUCAGUCAAAACAGUGACCUUAUUAAACAUGAAAGAAUUCACACUGGGGAGAAACCCUUUGCAUGCAACAAUUGUGGGAAAGCAUUCAGUACAUCCUCUGCUUGUAAAGCACAUGAUAGAAUACACACUGGGGAGAAACCCUUUGUAUGUAAGCAAUGUGGGAAAUCUUUCUGUCAAAGCAGUCACCUUAUUAUUCAUAAAAGAACUCACACCCUAUAGAACAUCUAUGGUACAACCAAUAUACCAAAACAUUCAGUAUACCGAAGUGCUGAAAAUGAACCCUUUCCAUUGAUGUAAGUAAUUUGUGAUGUAUUUUAGCUAUAAUUGUAGCUUUUUUGUAUAGAAAAGAAUUCACUCUAUUUAAAAAUCCCUAUCUAUAUGAGAAAUGAGUAAAUGGAUUUGUUUAUCCAUUCUCACUUUAUAACAUCAAAUAUAUCACACUGGGAAAAAAUCCUAUGAACAUAAGGAAUAUAGGAAGACUUUCCAUACCAUUGAGAUUGCCACUACAUUUAAGAACUCCCUCUGUGUAGUAAUUCUAUGCAAUUGAACAAUGGUAGAUCAUAUGUAGCACACAAAAAUGCCAUAGGGAAAUUUUGAGUACAAGGAAGAUGUCAUAUAUAUGUAGGCAGUGUGGCAAAGAUUUGCUGCAGUGCUUCCCUUUUGAAAACAUAAGAUUCCUCUCACAUUGGGGAGUAACUGCAUGUAAGGAAGUUUUUGUAAAAGUUCAGCUGAUAGCUGCUAACCUUCUGAGUGAUGUCAUACUAUGUCCCAAGAUUAUGUAUGCAAUGUCGGAAAGUAUUCAGUAUACAUAUUUAUUGUCAAAAGUGUGAAAGUAAUCCGAGUUAAGUGAAAUCAUACAUAUGUAAGGGACUAUUUUGAAAAUAAUUUCAAAAUUAGUCAUGUAGAGGAGACCUGCCAAAAUAGUAUAAAAUAAUUUCUGUCAAUAUAUGCUCAUACAUUUUUGAAGACAACCCGAAACAGAAUUAUCCUAAAAUAUUUUUGUCUUUUUUAAUACAUAUUUUAUCUUUCUGUAGUCUUAAUAAAAAUGUUGCACCUUUUAAAGAAAAUUUAAGUAUGCUAUAUGAUUUUUUCCAUGUUUUGAUCUGCCAAUGUCUUGUUUGGAUGGAUGACACCUAAUUGUCUCAUGACAAGUUUUCACAUCAGAAUCUGUAACUCUUGUAUCAGUUUACCAAGAAGUGUCUAUACAUUCACAUUCAAAAUUGUGCUUGU